AUGACGGAAGACUCUCAAAAGAAUAAAAGACGUAGGUCUCAAUUCCGACCUUGUAUAGAUCUACAUCAAGGUCAAGUGAAGCAAAUAGUAGGUGGGACUUUAGAUUUAUCUUCCCUCGCUUCGUCUAGUACGAAUGGAUUAAAGACUAAUUAUGUAUCUAGUCACCCUCCCUCUUACUACUCGACACUAUACCGAACUCACAACCUCACCGGAGGUCACAUAAUCAAGCUCGGAUCGUUGAACGAUACGGCUGCUCUGGACGCUUUGAGUGCUUGGCCAGGAGGUAUGCAACUCGGUGGUGGAGUAACAGAAGAUAACGCUGUGAAAUGGCUAGAAGCAGGAGCGAGUAAGGUGAUAGUCACCAGUUGGUUAUUUCCCGAAGGAAAGUUUGAUUUGGGACGUUUGGAACGAUUAGAGGGGUUAAUAGGGAGGGAUAAGUUGGUAGUGGAUCUUAGUUGUAGAAAGAAACCUAUCGUUGAACAAUCAAAGUCACAAGAGUCAGAAUGGGCAGUAGCGAUGAACGGUUGGAGAACAUUGACCGAUAUGGAAAUUACGAAAAAGAAUAUAGAAAUGAUUUCAGCUCAUUGUUCUGAGUUAUUGGUACAUGCUGCCGAUGUAGAAGGGUUGUGUCAAGGGAUAGAUGAAGAAUUAGUCAAAUGUUUAGGCGAAUGGACGACCAUACCAUGUACAUAUGCCGGUGGAGCCAAAAAUAUCUCCGACUUAUCCCUCGUUGACAGAUUAUCUAAUGGGAAAGUAGAUAUAACAUUCGGUUCAUGUCUUGAUAUCUUUGGUGGAGACGUUGAAUUCUCUCAGUUGGUCAAAGUCAAUCUAGCUCAUCAGGAGUAA